GUCACUCCCCACUCAAGCAAUAAAAUCAAAUGAGAGCAACUAAAACCUCGCAAAGAAUUGAAUUUUCUUGCCACUCUAAGGGAAAUUCAAUUGGCAAUCAUAGGGAUUACACAAAUCUCUGAGCUUAUGUCUAGAGUAACUACCAUUUGCAGGCAGACACUUAGCACCGGUCCUCCAAUAGAUGUUCGACUAGGUAUCUUGAGGAGCAACUAGAUGUCGAAGACCAAUAGUGAGUGGCAUACUUCACAACAUAUCCUGUAGCACAACCUCAAUAAGGAUGAACAUUAUCAAUGAAGUUGAGUUUAUGGAGCCCAGAUGGAGGAGGAUACUAGAUUGGAGGCACCAUGGAGAGGAUUAGAGAUGGAUGAGUAGUGAAAAACUAUAGGGUGUGUGAAACUCACAUAUCACAGGAUAGAAUAUGCCUCUCAGCGGCGGACUGGUGACUCGCUAAAACACAACUUCUAACAAUGACCAAGUGUAACCAAUGAAAGAGACGACAAUAUAGUGAUGCAGGUAAUAAAUAUUGAAUCCACGAGGUCUCCAGAUUUACUAUUACUCAGCUUCGAUUUGUUAUCUAGCAAAUUAGACCAAUGUUUGAUUAGCUAAACUACUACUACAAGCCACUCUAGGUUAGACUACUAAUUACAGGUUGGAAACUCACUUAGGUAUGAUUACCCAUAGCCACUAGCCAGAUUAAUGAUUGAUGAUCUCUAACAUAUUUUGCUUUCUUUCAUAGCGUGGAUAAUCAUUGACUAGACCUUGAAUCUCGACUGAAGAAGUCAAGGCCCUCUAGAGUCAAUUGCCUAGAGGGGCAUAUCCUUCUCUAGAACAACCGAUCAACACGUUAUGAACUAGAAUCCCUCUAUCAGAUGAGGUUCUCAAUCAAUCUAAAGAAUUGAAUCGACCCUCAACUAAAGCAAUCGAUGCAAUACUAUCAAUCUAUGGUUCUCUAUUGACUUAAUCAGGUUCAUAGGAUCAAAGCAGAAUCAAUAAUCUUGACUCAAGCUGAAUUGAAUCAUGAACUCAAGAUUAUCAUAUAAGAGUACUCAUACAACCAUCCAAUCAAACAAAUAUGGAUAGGGUUCCUCAAAACUUAAGUGAAAGGAAGUUACUACAUAGAGAAGAGACAGACAACAGUAAGAAUCUGCAAAUGAUCAGUCUUGAAGUCUGAGCUUGUUUCUAGAGAUUCCAAGGCUCCAAAAAUGCCCUCAAAUCGUCCUCUCACUCUUUGGUUCAUCCUUUGGGUGUUUGGGGUCCAAAACCAAGCUCCCCCCCCCCUCCAAAAAUGCAUAAAACGGGCCUUAUCCUUGGCCUUAUUCUUGAAAUGGAUUUAGCGACCAAGGAUCAUCAAAAUGGCGCUAGUCACUUUUCUGCGCAAAAGGGGAAUUUCCCGAUCAGAUUUUUCAGAUCUCCUAUCGGGGAAUUGGCACCUCUUGAACGGGGAGUCUUCUGAUCGAAAUCCCCUAUCAUAUUUCCUAAUCCCUUAUCGGAGAAUAGGAUCCUCAUGACCGGGGAUUUCACAAUUUCAGGUCUCCUGUCUUUGUUUCUUCAUUUCUCCCUCAUCCGAACUCCAAAUCAGGUGUCGUUUGAUCUGAGAUGCUCGUAAUCCCGUCCUCUUUUUUCAUGACAAUACAUGACUAUUUUCCAUAAAAUAAGGUAGAAAUACAUUCUUCCGACUAUUCAUGCCCGAGUUUCUUCCCCCGAUUCGCCAAUUGAUCUCCGAUUGACUUGAAACUUGCGCCUAUGCUUCACUUUACGAGCUAGGACUUGAAAUGUGACAAAGUAACACAACCUAGCAUAAAAUAGACCAAAAUAUUUAUACACAUGGUGCUAUCAAACUCCCCCACACUUAAUCAUUUGCUUGUCCCCAAGCAAACCCGACUCAAUCCAAUGCAACUCACUAGACCCUUAUAGUAACAUGCAACCCGAUCGUCGGAAAAGGACUUUCUAGGUAAUUUAGCAUCUUACAAGGUCAACUAAUACAAAGACACCUCAUAGCCCCUUCGUCGGGAACUCUAGUCCCGAGUCGGGAUCAUUCUAAACACUGAACUUAGGAUAAACGAUUUGUGGACGAAGAGACUCUAGACACAAACAUAACCAUGGACUCAUCUUUUCAGGUGCUCUUUUCCUAUCAUUAGAUUUGCUAGAACCCCUUUUAUUUUAUUUUAUUUUCCUUUCAUUUCAUUUUUUUCCCGGCGUGGUUCCAACCUACAGUUCCCAAGGUUCGACUCUUAUAGGUUGAGCAAGAGUAAUUUCAGUAUCAUUGUCACUUGUCAGAGUACUUCUUUUAACUCCUUUACCACAACUCGUGUGGAGGGUCAAUGAAAUUAAAGAGGGUUGGAAGUUCUAUCCUUGCCCUUAAAAAUACAUUCGCGUAGAACUUUUACUCGUACUAGAGAGGAAAUAGUUUCACCUUGUAGGAGUACCCCACUAAGGCUCAACUAGUGUCUCUUCCAAAACCUGAUUUAGUGCAAUGAACGACGUCACACACGUUGGGCUUACCCCAUGAUUCAAAUUUUUACAUGGAGGACCAACUAGUUCUUAUUAGACAAAUGCAGAGCACCCAAAACAACACACGAGUCUGAAACACCACGAGAGAGUCAUCUAUACCACAUGAUUCGAGUGUCCUAAAAUCACUAGUUUACACAAACAACCAACACAAUAUGAAGAAGAAAGGAGACUUCUCAACGCAUCAACAUCCUCCAUAGUGCUACACUAACCUCCCUAGGCUGCAUAUUACUCUAAAGACUGGUGAUUUAAAGCAUACUGAGUAGGCAAUUUGCAAGGGGAUAAUACACUUGGAGCUCUCAAAUUUAAAAGUUUGGACAGUGGACUAGGCUCCAAGCACAACAUACAACCAAACAUUCACACACAAACACAAUGGACCCCCCCCCCCCAACUUAAGCAUGUCAUUGUCCUAAAUGAAGGAGAUAUAAGGAGGGUAGAACGAAGUUACUAGAUCAAGUGUGAAUGAUGGUGGACGGGGCAGGCUGUGCAUUCCAGAGAAGGGGAGAGAGCAGUCGGAACACAAACGCCACACAAAAUCUCACAAAGGUUGAGUUAUUGACUCUAAAAUCAAAGAACAAAAAUGACUCAAUUGAAGAGAAAUAGGGAAAGAAAUGCAAACUAACAGGUUAAGUUGCCUCCCAACAAGAGCUUCUUUCACGUCGUGAGCUGGACGGUGGAUCCUAAGUUUUGGUCCACCCCAAAACCUCCUUAAAGUUGAGGUUCUCGUUGAUGAGGUGGAGUGAGAAGUCAUGAGUAGGUGGUAUGGCAUGCAAUGUAGUCAAAAUCGUGCUUUAAAACUUAAAAACUUACGCUUUUACGCUUUUAGGGCACCAAAACGCUUCUACGCAAAAACUCAGUUUUUAUAACUAAUGUAGUUAAAAACACCCUUUAAACCUUAAAAAUUUACAAUUUUACGUUUCUAGAUCACCAAAACACUUCUACGUAGAAACACACUUUUGACUACAUUGAUGUCAUGUGAUAAAGAUGGAUCGUGCACUCGAGGAAGAUGAAGUCUCCACACGCGAGACCUCUCUUUCGUUUCUUCUCUUAUCUCAUUGCCCCAAACUAGGUAUGACAACAUUGAUUGAACACCAUCACAUCUACCAAGAGGGAUCAAUGACUGUGUGGCCUUGGUAUGAUAAAGAGACAAUGCAAGUAGGUCUCUGCCAAGCAACUCCUCGAAGUUUGGUGGAGAUAUCACAUGAAACUCAUGGCCGGUGCAAGCCUCUUCCACCUCAACUACGUGCUCGGCCUGGAUGCCAAUUUCUUCUUCAACCCUCAUUCCUUCUUCAAAAUGUUGUCUCUUUUCUUGGAAAAGAUCAAGAACUCUUUCUGCUUCACUUUGUCAUCCUCCACAACUUCUUCCCUCACCCUUUCUCGCUCUUCUCCUUCCAGCACGGAUUGGAGAGCAAGUCGUCAUGCAAGGUUCUCAAUAAGAUCAACUUACAUCUCCUCACUCAUGCCCGCCUCUUCAAUGCUCGGUGUGGGAUGUGGAAAGGUGAGAUCUGCCACAAAUGGACAUGCUUGAUUAUAAUCAUCACAAGAGCUCACUGUGACAACUUCAUUCUACUCCACAAUGUUCUCGUAGCCUUCUUCAUCCUCCUCUUCUUCUUGUAUGGUAGCAUAAAGGUGAUCUUGAACAAGCUGUGCACAAGCUUGAUCAAUGACCUCUAUGUUCUUCUUCAUGCUCUGGAGGGUCUCCUCUGUUUCAAGGAGAAGGGAGAAGUCAAUUUGGGCAAUGGCGUGGAUAUGAAGGUCCAUCUUGGAGCAUGAUUUUUCGGCGUCCCAAGAAAACUGCUCCAUGAAAAGCUCCAAUUGAGUCUUUGGCUCUGGCCGUAGAGUGUAGCAACGCUCUGCAGAAUGACCCGUGAUGGCCCCUCUGGUUGUGGGAGGAAUUCUUCUUGAUAGAGAGAUGGUUCUUGAGGUGCCCAAGGGUCUGGUUGUUUUCCGAAAAGGGUGGGUGGGGGGGAGGGGGUAUUGCAACCCGAAUCUAUAGUCUUCUCCUCCUUAAUUGCUCUAGGAAGUCUCGUGGUAAUACCACUCGGGUGGUGGUGGAUACCCCCAAUCGUUGGAGAAGCCAUGAGGAUCCAUGUUUCAGAUAUGCACAAAAAAAAAACACCCAAUUGAAAAGCAAGGGUGGAAAAGAAAAACAAAAGCUAAAUUAACAAAUUUCUGCCUUUCUUAAUAAUCUAGAAAGUCCCCAACAACGACACAAAAAACUUGACUCGCUAAAACACAACUCAUAACAAUGGUAAAGAGUAACCAAUGAAAGAGACGACAAUAUAAUGAUGCAGGUAAUAAAUAUCAAAUCCACGAGGUCUCUAGAUUUACUAUUACUCAGCUUCGACUUGUUAUCUAGCAAAUUAGAUCAGGUUUGAUUAACUAAACUACUCUGACAAGCUACUCUAGGUUAGACUACUAAUUAUAGGUUGGGAACUCACUUAGGUAUUAUUCCCCCUUAGCCACUAACCAGAUUAAUGAUUGAUGAUCUCUAACCUAUUUCGCUUUCAUUCACAAUGCGGAGAAUCCUUGACUAUACCUUGAAUCUCGACUAAAGAAGUCAAGGCCCUCUUGAGUCGAUUGCCUAGAGGGACGUAUCUUUCUCUAGAACAACCGAUCAAUGUGUUCCGAACUAGAUUCCCUCUAUCAAAUGAGGUUCUCAAUCGAUAUAAAGUAGUGAAUCGACCCUCAACUAAAGCAAUCGAUCCAAUGUGGAGUAGAACAAAGAUGGGGUGACCUCUCGGGAAGUCAUCAUGACGUCCCCAAAGCAAAACCGUGCAGGGGAUAGGCCUAAAGUGGACAAUAUAUUGGUCGGAAAAGGUCAAGAUAUUACAAGUGGUAUCAGAGCCUAUCCGCGUCUCUCUUGGGCGAUGGUGGGCAAGCCUCAAUGAUGACGUUGAGUCUCAAAUAGGAGUGUAUGUAACACUUUAAGCAAAUCUCAUAUCGACAAAGCACAUGAGAUAUCUAUGAUUGAUAAGAAACAUUCAACCAACUAACACGACGUGAUUUGGUGCGAAAUGUAUGAGUUUUUUUAUAGAACUUUUAAGUUAUACGUGCUCCGUGUAAGACAUUGCAAAGAUGAGGAACCUCUUGAAAAGUCAUCAGGACGUGUCCAAAAGCAAAAUCGUACGAGUAUGGGAUCAAUCAAUAUUUUGAUAUUACCAUUUUUUAGAUUUUAAAGUUUUGGAUUUUAUUUGGGAUCAAUAAUAUUUUAAUAUUACCAUAUUUUAGAUUUUAAACUUUUUGGAUUUUAUUUUUUCAUUUGGCUGUUUCUUUUUUCUCGGCUUAAUUGCAAGUUUGGUCACUGGAAUUGCUUAAAAAUUUCAUAUUUGCCACUAGAAUUACUUUAUUCUAUCCGUAGUCACUUAAAUUAGUUCAUCAGUUCAAGUUUGGUCACUCUCCGUUAACUUUGACUGAUGUGGCAGUCAACUCUGAGAGUUGACCGUUAAACGUAUGACGUGGCAAUUAAAAAAUAAUAAAAUGUAAUAUUUUUA